GCGGGGGCGGGGGGGAACCCACGCGCUCGGGACAAGUUUCUGGCGGCUGGAGCAUGACGGGUUCUGACAGCGACGCUCGGAUUUAAUCAGCCCGAGCCCCUCCCGGGUCCGAAGCACGCUUGGCUUUCGGAGAUGCAAGAUGCAGCCGCCCCGAGAGCUGCUGUAGACCAGGUUCCCUGUGAGUCCUGACCCAGCGCUUCACAUGUGCUGCAAUGGUGACAUAAACGAUGGACUGAGACCGGAAAACCCACCGAUUCUCUCCCCCUCUCUCUCUCCCUCCGCGCCCCCUGCUCGCCCUCUCUUUCAUGGUGCUCCUCCUGGGACCGGCUGAGGAAAGGCGAGGCAGCAUGAGUUUUAUCAUGAAGCUUCACAGACACUUCCAAAGGACGGUCAUCCUGCUGAGCACGUUCUGCAUGGUGAGCAUCAUCAUCUCCGCCUACUACCUGUACAGCGGCUACAAGCAGGACAAUGAGCUGUCGGAGAUGGCCUCAGAGGUGGACUGUGGGGACUUCCAGCACCCGCCAUACAGGCUGAUGGAGGGGAAGCCAGCGAGGCCGUCAGAGGCCUCAAGAACAGACCUCACGGUCCUGGUGUUUGUGGAGAGCCAGUACUCGCCCCUGGGCCAAGACAUUAUCACGGUUCUAGAAUCCAGCAGAUUCCAGUACCACGUCGAAAUCGCUGCCGGGAAGGGGGACCUCCCGGCGCUGACGGAGAAGGCGAGGGGCAAGUAUGUUCUCAUCAUUUAUGAGAAUAUUUUAAAAUACGUCCACAUGGACGCCUGGAACCGCAGCCUUUUGGAUAAGUACUGUCUAGAGUACGGCGUGGGCAUCAUCGGCUUCCACAAAGCCAGUGAGAAGAACCCGCAGAGCUUCCAGCUGAAAGGCUUCCCCUUCUCCAUAUACGGGAGCCUGGCGGUCAGGGACUGCUGCAUCAACCCUCAUUCUCCACUGCUCCACGUGACCAAAUCGUCGAAGCUAGAAAAGGGUUCCUUACCUGGAACUGACUGGACAGUGUUCCAGAUCAAUCACUCCGCCUACCAGCCAGUCAUCUUUGCCAAAGUCAAGACCCCAGAAAACCUUUCUCCUCCCAUCUCUAAAGGUGCUUUUUAUGCCACUGUCAUCCAUGACCUGGGGCUCCAGGAUGGCAUUCAGCGAGUUCUCUUCGGCAACAACUUGAACUUUUGGCUGCACAAGCUCAUCUUCAUCGAUGCUGUUUUCUUCUUGUCAGGGAAGAGACUGACUUUGACUUUGGACAGGUACAUCCUCGUGGACAUUGAUGAUAUUUUUGUGGGAAAGGAGGGAACAAGAAUGAAUACCAAUGAUGUUAAGGCCCUACUUGAUACUCAGACUCUUCUGCGUGCACAAAUUGCAAAUUUUACUUUCAACCUGGGAUUUUCAGGGAAAUUUUACCAUACAGGGACUGAAGAGGAGGACGAAGGGGAUGACCGUCUUUUGGGCUCCGUGGACGAGUUCUGGUGGUUUCCGCACAUGUGGAGCCACAUGCAGCCCCACCUCUUCCACAAUGAGUCAUCCUUGGUGGAGCAGAUGAUGCUCAACAAAAAAUUUGCCUUGGAGCAUGGGAUUCCAACCGACAUGGGCUACGCCGUGGCCCCUCACCAUUCCGGGGUCUACCCUGUGCAUGUUCAGCUGUACGAGGCCUGGAAGAAGGUCUGGAAUAUCAGGAUCACCAGCACGGAAGAAUAUCCCCAUCUGAAGCCAGCCAGAUACCGGAAGGGCUUCAUCCACAAAAACAUCAUGGUUCUUCCAAGACAAACCUGUGGACUUUUCACUCACACAAUUUUCUACAAAGAGUAUCCUGGAGGUCCCAAAGAGCUGGACAAAAGUAUCCAAGGAGGGGAACUGUUUUUCACUGUGGUCCUCAACCCAAUCAGCAUAUUCAUGACCCACCUGUCCAACUACGGGAAUGACCGACUGGGACUGUAUACAUUUGUCAACCUGGCCAACUUCGUGCAGAGCUGGACCAACUUGCGACUUCAGACGCUGCCUCCGUUACAACUGGCUCACAAGUAUUUUGAGCUCUUUCCUGAUCAAAAAGACCCUCUCUGGCAGAAUCCUUGUGAUGACAAACGCCACAGAGACAUUUGGUCUAAAGAAAAAACCUGUGAUCGCUUACCAAAAUUCUUGGUAAUAGGACCCCAGAAAACUGGUACUACUGCUCUGUACUUGUUCCUGGUUAUGCAUCCUUCCAUCCUUAGUAACUCCCCCAGCCCAAAAACCUUUGAGGAGGUACAGUUCUUUAAUAGAAAUAACUACCACAGGGGGAUUGAUUGGUAUAUGGAAUUCUUCCCUGUUCCAUCCAAUGUGACCACUGACUUUCUGUUUGAGAAGAGUGCCAACUAUUUCCACUCAGAGGAAGCCCCUAAAAGGGCAGCUUCUCUGGUUCCCAAGGCCAAGAUCAUCACCAUCCUCAUUGACCCAUCGGACCGAGCGUAUUCCUGGUACCAGCAUCAGCGGUCGCAUGAGGACCCCACCGCCCUCAAGUUUAGCUUCUACGAAGUGAUCUCGGCCGGGCCGCACGCCCCGUCGGACCUCCGAGUGUUGCAGAAGAGGUGCCUGGUGCCAGGGUGGUACGCCAGCCACAUCGAGAGAUGGCUCAUUUAUUUCCCGCCUUUCCAGUUGCUAAUUAUCGAUGGACAGCAGCUAAGAACUGAUCCUGCGACAGUGAUGGAUGAAGUGCAGAAGUUUCUAGGUGUCUCACCGCAUUAUAAUUACUCAGAAGCUUUAACGUUUGAUUCUCAUAAAGGUUUCUGGUGUCAGUUGCUGGAAGAAGGUAAAACAAAAUGCCUUGGAAAGAGCAAAGGAAGAAAAUACCCUCCGAUGGAUUCUGAUAGCAGAGCCUUUCUUUCAAGCUACUACCGAGACCACAACGUGGAACUGUCCAAGCUGCUGCACAGACUGGGGCAGCCCCUGCCGUCCUGGCUGCGACAGGAGCUGCAGAAAGUGAGAUAGCAUCACGACAGACCGUGGGAGACACCCGCCUUCCGCCCGACGCUCCCGGAAGCUGCCCCAAACGCUGUCAAGACAUAUACCUCUUCGGAUGAGAAAGCAGAUCCAGUCCCUCCCAUGUGCUUGCGUGUGGAUGAUCAGGAAAAGGGGAAAGGAAAAGUGUCUGUUCUAAAGCCUUGAGGCCCACGGCCGUUCUCGGACCCGGGUCUGAGCCGGCGGGAUUAUUGUAGAAUACUGGGCGCUCGUGUGGGUGUCAAUAGCAGCGAACACAAAGCGACCAGAGACAAAUGCAGAACUGUUUCAUUUGGUAGUGAUAUUUACAUUUUUGUAUCUCAAGUCAGAUUGUGUCUCUGUAGACUUUUUAGACCACCGUUUGCUUGUAAAAUGGUUUAUUCUUUGAUCCUCUAAAGUGUCCUACAAAACAAGAAGCAAAAUAAACAUCACACUGGAGCAUAAAAUGCCAAAGGCAUAACACCCAUGAAAAAUGCUUGCCAAACUCUAAGCCUAUUGAAGUAUUUAGGAAGAAUUAUAAAUCACAAUUUGUACUAGAUCAGAAUGGAAAUGUUAUAGAUGGCUUUACCGGCUCCAAAAGAGACAUUGUGGCAAAAAAAAAAAAGUGAAUUUUCAUAUAGUCUAAUGUAUUUAUGUAAUACUAACUCCUCCACCAUAAUUACUACACUGAAAUAUUUAUUGUAAAGCGGUUGGACGGUAAAUAGAAACAAAAUAAAUACACCAAAACAGUAAAUAACUACAUGAAGCAUACUGACUAAAGCGCCUGAUGCUUUAUCGCUGGCGAUUUACGUGCCCUUCCUGUGAACUACGGCUCUGCUCCAGGAAUCCUGAUUCUACAAAAACACUAGUACAGAAUCUGAGUUCAUCUCCAAAUGCCGAUGCCUUUUAAAUGUGAAAAUUACUACAUUUCUAGUAAUUUUCAGAGCGUAACAUAGUAAGUGAAAAUGAAGCAAUUUCUUUAUGUGGUAAGUUAUUUACACUUAAAUUAUUUAAGAACCUCUAUGUCCAGGCUGGGGAGAGAGAAUAGCAUGUAGGAUGCGUACCUUGCAUAUAGCCAACCUAGAUUAGAUCCCCGGAACCCCACUGGACUCCUGAUCCCCUCCACGAGAGAUCUCUGAGUGCAAAAUAGAGUAAUCCCUGAGCACUACCAGGUGUGGCACCCCAAAAAAGCCAAGAUGAGAAUCAUUUAGACAAACAUGUAAACUCAGUCUUCUUGCUUACCACAGUCUGCUCUGAAGCAGCAACUGCCUGCAUGCUCAAAAAUGCUCAUCAUCCUUCAUCUCCCCUGAGGAAAUUAGCUUUCAAGGGUCAAACAGUGAAGGGAGGUCCCCUCAGUUAUUUACUCUGCCAUAUUUCCAUGCUGAUGGCAAUAUUUCUACUGUAAACAACCACCAGCACCCAAAAAAUUUGAGUUAUUUAUGUUUUAAUAGAUUGAGAUGAGAUGAUGAGUCCACUAAACAAAACUGUUAAAAUCACCAUUUUGGAGAGUCAAAUAAAUACAACUGAACAACUCAGCUUUGAAGUCAAUGUGAAAAACAUACUAGAUGCAUGUACUGAAAGAAGGAAAAGCAAGAGUUCGUAGCUACCAGGUCUCAUUCACAGGGCAGGUGUUAUGGUACUCAGAGCAGCCACGUGCAAAGGCACGGGACUUCUCAGUCAUCUUUGAAGCCCCGCCCAAUCCUAGAAGACACGCAUACUGUCAACAUUAUAUUCUUCUGAUGGGUAUUAUGCCCUUCUCAAAGUUACAGAAAUACACACGAGAAGUAAUGUGAUUUACAGCUAGCUUUGUAUAGAAUUCCUUUUUCAUUCCUUAAAAUAUGAAACUUCCUCAGGAAGAAAUGAAAUGCUUAUUUCAAUGUUUAUAGCUAUAAUAUUCUUGUCAUUCACAUUGAAUGAAAAUUACUGAAAACAUUUUUUCUCUGAGUUUUUUAAAAUAAAAAAAAACUGGAUAUAAUUCUGAUAGUAGCAUGGUACCUCAUAUGUACAACAAUAAACUGUGA